AUGGAAGCGGCGGGCGCACCUUCGGCGCUAGGGCGAGCGCACCUUUCGCAUCUACCGCAGAGACCGCCAGUAAAUUUGAGUUUUCAAGAUCUUACUUACACCGUUACAAAUGGCAAAGCUUCAAAAAUAAUUCUGCGGGGUAUCAACGGGGAGUUUCGAUCUGGACAGCUAACUGCCAUCUUGGGACCGUCGGGAGCCGGGAAGAGCACUUUGCUGAACGUACUAGCUGGUUACAAGGUGAAUGGCGCGAGCGGCAUAAUCUCUACAAAUGGUGAGCAAAGAAACUUGCGACAGUUUAGAAAGCUGUCACGGUACAUCAUGCAGGAGGAUCUGCUGCAGCCUCUGAUCACUGUGCGGGAGGCGAUGAUCAUGGCCGCCGAUUUGAAGCUGGGCAGUGCAAUGUCCAAACAGAGGAAAGCUGUCAUAGUAGAAGAAAUAGUUCAGUUGUUGAGAUUGGAUAAAGCGUGGGAUACAUCAAGCGAAAGGCUUUCGGGGGGAGAGAGGAAGCGCCUCUCGAUUGCACUUGAGCUUCUCAACAACCCACCAGUCAUAUUCCUCGAUGAACCUACAACGGGGCUGGACGACGUUGCAUCAUCAACAUGCGUUUCCCUGUUGAAGCGCGUGGCCCGUGGUGGCCGGACUGUGGUGUGCUCGCUCCACACUCCAUCGGCGCGCCUGUUCUCAGUGUUCGACCAUGUGUACGUGGUCGCAGACGGGCGAUGCGCGUACCAAGGCACGGCGUCCGGUGUGGUGCCCUUUUUGAAUGAACUGCAGUUGCCUUGUCCUAAGACAUAUAAUCCGGCGGAUUUCGUGAUAGAGGUGUCGAGUGGGGAGUAUGGCUCGCACGUGGACCGAAUGGUGGCAGCAGUCGACAAUGGUAAGUAUCAGCGCUGGAGAGACUACGAAGUCGAGGACCGGUACCAAGAGAUGGAGAUUGAACAACUGAAUGCAGGGGGCGUACAGAAACACACAUACAGAUAUGAGAGCACGGCGUCUACGCAGUUCGUUGUUUUACUAAAGAGGAUGUUGUUGCAGACUGUUAGAAAUAGGGAUUACUUAUGGCUCCGAGUAGGGCUGCACUUGUUCCUAGGUAUAAUAAUCGCCAUGUUGUUUUAUAGAAUUGGUUUUGACGCCUCCAAAACCAUAUUCAACUUUGGAUUCUGCUACGCGUGCAUUAUUGCUAUGCUCUAUAUUCCAAUGAUGCCAAUAUUACUGGCCUUCCCAAAAGAAGUGCAACUAAUUAGACGGGAGUAUUUCAACCGUUGGUACGGCCUCAAGCCAUAUUAUGCCGCGUUGGUCAUUUCCCGGACACCAGCGACGAUAUUUUUCUCCUUGAUAUACUUGUCCAUCGUGUACCCGCUAACGUCACAGCCGAUGGAGACGUCGAGGAUAUUAAUGUUCAUAUCGGUGUGCAUACUGGUCGCCCUGAUAUCGGAGAGUAUGGGAACUGCGAUAUCGUCUAGUUUAAGUGUCGUUAAUUCCGUAUUCAUGGGCCCAGUUCUUAGUGUGCCGCUAAUGCUCUUGGCAGUAUACGGAAUGGGAAGUGGGGAUCACCCUCUGCCCAUACUGUGGAAGUUGGCAAGAUAUUGUUCCUUCAUGCGGUAUGGGCUUGAGGGUCUCGUCGUUGCCAUCUAUGGGCCACCAAGAGACGACCUCAUUUGUCCUGAUCACGUCGUCUAUUGUGAAUAUAAAAAUCCUAAUUACUUCGUAAACCUGAUGGGUAUGUCCGGAGUCUCGUUCUGGGUUGACAUCGGCAUGCUGUCCCUGAUGUUAGUUGCUACGCACGCCGCAGGCUAUUAUCUCCUGCGUCAGCGGUUAUCGCCUAAUUAUGCUUUCCGGGCUAUUAAAGUCAUCGGAAGGUUCGUCAAAACCAAAAUUAGUCUAUCCCAUUAG